ACUAUGCGUGCGUAUCUUUAUGGGUGUUACUAUUGACCCGGCUGCAGCUGGGGACCACGAGCCUACCGCUGAGCGAAACAAUAGGACGCUGAAAGAAAGAGUCAGAGUAGCUCCUGCACGCUUACCCUACAAAGUGGUCCCAAAGGUGAUCACUGAAUGUCUUGGACGUCAAGCCCCCGAGCUAUUGAAUGUCUUUCCCCAGAAAGACAGUAUCUCAUUACAUUUCAGUUUGCAGCAACUCAUUGAUAAUGUCAAUAUCAACUACAAGAGUGACAUGGUUGCUGAACUUGGACAAUAUGUUCAUGCAAUUGGGACGGAUUCCAACAAUUUGAUGGAACCGCAAAGUAUCGAAGCGAUUUACAUUGAACCUACAAAGGGACAAUGUACUGGGCACCGAGUGCUCAACCUCAAUACUAGGGAAAUAUGUAUUUGA